UGUGUGUGUGUGUGCAUGCAAUUAAGCCAGCCUGUGUGUGUACGCCAGUACUUGACGCUGCGCUCUGUACUUUCCGAUUCUCUUUCUCUCUCUCUCUCUAUCUCUUUCUCUCUCUUUCUCUCUCUCUCUCCCUGCAGCUGAGGUGGGCGUGUGGAGCCUCUGACCCUCUCUCGCCCACACUCUCUUUAGCUGUCUCUCCCUCUCGCUGCAGCUACAGGGGGCUAUGGAUGGACUGCGUUUACCUCCACUCAUCGAGGAGGCUUUGGACUCUACAGGCAUCCUUUUCUAAUAUCGCUGUCAUCUUUCCAUCAGAUGACCCGUGCGAUCUGAAAGCAGAGUGCAGCCCCACCAUGGACAACGAGAUAACAGCGAAGGAGAGAGGCAUCCUGGAGGAGAACAAUGAGAAGGAGGAGAUGGACCAGGAAAGAGCUCAGGAAGAAGAGGGGGAAGAGAAGAAGCUGAAGGAGGAGGAAGGCGAAGGGAAGGAGAAGAGGAGGAAGGAGCAGGAGCCGCUGACAGAGGAGCAGGAGCUGGAGGAGCUCAGGGCCCAGGUGCUGCAACUGCUGCUGGAGCUGGAUGAUGCCAGAGAGACCUCCAACAAACACCAGGAGAGCUUCCAUGAGCUGCAAGGGCUGUUGGAGGAUGAGCGUCUGGCCAGUGCCCAUCAGGCUGAAGCCUUCACACGCCAGAUUCAGAAUCUACAAGCACAGCUGCGUUCUGUGCAGGAGGAGAUGGACAGCCUGGAGGAGGAGAAGGAGAGCGAGCUGGCCGAGGCCCAGGAGGAGCUGCGUGUGGCUCAAGAGGAGGUGCUCCUGCUCCAACAGGCAGCAGAGGAGGCGGCUGCAGAGAGGGAGAAUGAUAUCGCCUCUCUGCAGGAGGAGCUGUGUCGCCGGCGGGCUGAGCUGCAGCGUCUCAGUGAGGAGACCCAGGAGUAUGAGCUGGAGAUCACCACGCUGAGAGCCGAGAUCAGCAUGAAGAGCCAGCGCAGGGAGGCGGAGAGGAGAGAGGGUGACGUGGACCUGCUGAAGGAGGAGUGCCGUAUGCUGAAAGAGGAGUGUCAGACCCUGAAAGAAGACAACAGACGCCUCACUGAGAGGCUGCAGCUGCUGCAGAGACAGAGGACAUGCUCCAGCGUCUACCUGUCACUGAAAGAGGAAGACGUAGGGGAGGGCACAGAGGGGAAGGAGAUGGAGACAGGCCCAGAUGAGGUCAUGACAGAGAGCUACAUGACCAUGGCCCAGUCUGAGAACUGUCACCUGGUGGACGCCUCCAUCCAGAAGAAUAUUUCAUUUGAUGGGAAGCCAAUGACACCUACCGGCUGGAACGGAGGCAUCGGGGAGAUCUUCUCCCUGAGGGACCAGCUCAAACAGGCAGAGGAGAAGGCCUCAAAGGUUCAGAGAGAGUGUGACGGUCUGAAGAUGGAGCUGCAGGAGCUGCAGGUACUGUAUGACAGCAGUCAGAGGGAGCGAGCAGAGCUGGAGGAGGAGCUGCAGCGCUGCAAGGCAGAGCUGGAGAAGCUGUCAGGGGGGGCUCAGAGAUUCAUCCAUCCGUCUGAGCACCCUGUUCUCUCCAUCCCCUUCAUAGGAAUGAUUGUAAUAGUGGCUGUGGUCUGGUGCUGGUUGUCGGAGCUGGCGUCCCAGAGGGCAAGGGGAGUGAGGUAGGUUGGAACUCCAUUUUGACUAUCACUGCAGCCACAGCAGUGCUACUAAUGAUGUCUAGCUUGUUGAGAGCUCUCGUCCGAUGUUGACUGGAUGGGCAACAACUGCACAGGGACAGACGUCCGCUUCAGACCAGCCCUCGUUCUCUCCUGCCAUGUCUAUAGACUGAACUGGAGUUACCUAGGUGUGAUAGAGCUGCGUAGCUGAAUAUGUAUUGAAAAUUUGGUCUGUAAUGAGAAGGUACUACAUCGAUGCACAGACCGAGAACGAUGCGCUCAGUCUCAUUUAAGAUUGAAGACGGCUGUGAGGCUGAGUUGACCUGCAGAGAGCCCACACGAGGAUGUGAUCUCACUCCACUAAAUGUAUGCUAGUGCUGUGUCAUUCCUCCUCUGUGUCUGUGAAUAUUAUUCUCCUUUAGCUAACAGUGUGAUAAAAUGUUUUGAUUAUUAAUGUGCACCAACUGGUUUUCAAUUUGUUUUAACCAUUAUUUAUUUAUUUGUUUGUUUAAAUAUUGUUCAUAGUUGUCUCGGAAAAUAAUGACAAACAUGAAGUCGGCACAUUUAAUGCACUGAAAUCCCUGAAAUGUACACCCUUUAAAAUAUUAUACCAGAAAAAGCAGUUUGCAUUUUUUGUCCAUGAGUUGACUAUUAAUUACUUCAUUUAAUUACUGCUUCCCCCUAAAUACUACAUUCAGUAAAUGCUACCUACCGCAAACACAAUUUAGGAAUAUUAAAUUGAAUUUCCAUUAUAAACAUCAAUGACAUAUGUUAUUACAAAGAGAACAUGUAUAACAGGCCAACUAAGCACAUGUUAAUAUAUAUAUGUGUAUAUAUAUAUAUGGUUUAACCUGAUGUCACCUCUUAAGGCUGAAACCAGCUCUUCUUCACAGUGUUUUUCCGUUAUGGGCUUUUCUCCAGGCUCUGUCACUUCUGCCUCCCAAUCAUCUUGUGUCCAACUCUGAAACUCCCACCUCCCACUUUAAUUAUCAGUUAAGCAAGAUGGCAGAAAGUCAGCGCAGUAUUUCUGAUUCAUCAUGCCUGCUCACUGUUCACUUUGAAAAACAGCUGCACUGUCACAUGUACAGAAAAUGCAGUACAUCCCGGCAACUUUGGGAGCACAUUCACGGAUGAUCGAGCUAUAUUAUCAUGUUUUCUGACAUCUCAACUCAGUUAAGAUUUUGAUGUGAAAUAAACUUUUGUUCCUAUUAAUUAUUAUUAAGGCUUGGUUUUUCCAAGUUUAUUGUUCCAGUCAAACCUGGAUUGAACCACUGAUGCGACUGACGUGAAAGAUCAGGGUUUAUUUAGAUGUGAGGGCAUUUUAGAAAUUGAUAUGGUUCCAAAAUAUGUACAUAGGCAGGUGUCAGGAAAAUGUAGUUUGUUUAAGCAUCAGUUACGAUAAAUAUAUGUAUAUGUGGAAGGACUCCGAUUAUUGUUUACAUCAGUGAAAUGUUUUUUUGUGAACAUAUUUUAGAACUGAAAAGCAUGCUAGAAAACAUAUAGAAGCACAAUAUAUAAUUUAUGUUGAUUCGGUUACUUUGUAUUUCAUGUAAAUACAUGUGACAUACAGUACUAUGGGAGAGAUAUUUCUUAAAUCCAUUUGUACUAGCUUUGUAGAAAGUUUAUUCUAUUUUGAAAGAGCAUCGUAUAUUUGAUAGCCAAAUUAUAUUCUGUGUAAAUGUUUAUUUAUGGUGACGUUAUUCAGAACAACCACUAGCACUGCUAAUCAUAUUCUGUACCUCUUUGUUCAGUGGUGGUGUAGUCAUUGCAUGCAUUUAAAUUGCAUUUGACCUCAGUUGCCUGUAAGAGCAAUAUGACUCCUGGUUUUUUCCAGUCUGCUAAAUUUCAGAAAUGUACUCAAAUCUUUUCUGAGACAUUUGUCAUUAAACAGAUCCUUCAUAAGCAAUGCCUGACCAACGUUUUUUAUGAACGUACACUAAUGUGCCACUGCACUGCAAAUGUUGUCACUGCUUUAAAAAAAAAAAGAUCAUCCGUUUGCAAUAGAAAUGAAGUUCCCAUUGACAGCAAUGGUACAUAAUGAAUGUUGUCUUAUUCAGAACAUUAUUUUUCAUCAUUUCUGAGCUUAUCUCAUUAACUUUGUCAUAGUUUCACAAGCUUCUAUAUUGCUCAGUGUUUCUCAGCUUGUUUCUUGACAUAUUGAUAGCACUGUUGUUUUCAAUAUAGCCGUGGCUAUUUUGUUACAUGGAAGUCUAUUUUGUACUGUAAAUGACUUGAGAAAAUAAAUAUAUCCACCCCA